GGGAGGGACGGAGCUCCUCUCUCCCGCCUGCUGGAGGAGACGUCCUCAGACGUGCUGCUGGCUGCUCGCGCCACCGGACGCCGACGACAACGACGAGGGAACCGAACGCAGCGGUGCGCGGAGGACAGCUGAGCUCAGGAGGGGAGGCUGUAGAGGUCCCGCGCUGAGGAGAGGAGGAAGAGGAGGAAGAGCAGGAGGAGGAGGAGGAAGAGGAGCUCAGGGGCCGCUCACACCUGGAUGCCCCUGUGGUCGCAGCGCUGCUAUGAGGACAGGUUCCUUCUGAGUGGGAGAAGGCCGCCAGAGAGCCGAUGCCAUGGACGUGUUGAACUACACUUCCUGGAACGCCUCGGAGGGCAACGAGACGCGGGCGGCGGAGGAUGAGGCCGAGAGCCCCUACAAGACGGUGGAGGUGGUGUUCAUCGUGCUGGUGGCCGGCUCCCUCAGCCUGGUCACCGUCAUCGGGAACAUCCUGGUCAUGCUGUCCAUCAAGGUGAACCGCAACCUGCAGACGGUCAACAACUACUUCCUGUUCAGCCUGGCGUGCGCCGACCUCAUCAUCGGCCUGUGCUCCAUGAACCUGUACACGGUGUACAUCGUGAUCGGCUACUGGCCCCUGGGGCCCGUGGUGUGCGACCUGUGGCUGGCCCUGGACUACGUGGUGAGCAACGCGUCCGUCAUGAACCUGCUGAUCAUCAGCUUCGACCGCUACUUCUGCGUCACCAAGCCGCUCAGCUACCCCGUCAAGCGCACCACCAAGAUGGCGGGCAUGAUGAUCGCGGCCGCCUGGGUGCUGUCCUUCGUCCUCUGGGCGCCGGCCAUCCUCUUCUGGCAGUUCAUCGUCGGGGGGCGCACCGUGCCCGAGAGGGAGUGCUACAUCCAGUUCUUCUCCAACGCCGCCGUGACCUUCGGCACGGCCAUCGCCGCCUUCUACCUGCCCGUCAUCAUCAUGGUCAUCCUCUACUGGCGGAUCUCCAAGGCCAGCAAGAGCCGCGUGAAGAAGGACCCCCGGAAGGCCCCCAACCCGGAGCCCCGGUCCCCGCGGGCCGCCCUCCCCACGGCCAACAACAACAACCUGGCCGCCGGGCCCGCCCUCUCCCAGACCGCCGCCAGCACCACGGAGGACGCGUCCCAGCUGCACGACGCCCGGCUGCAGAACGGGAAGGGCCCGUCCUCCGCCGGCGAGGGCGAGACGGCGGGCGACGAGGCGGCGGCCAGGGACCACCCCGGGGAGGAGAAGGAGAGCUCCAACGAGUCCAGCUCCGGCAGCGCCGCCGCGUCCCACCUGCCCGACGAGGAGCCCACCACCUCCCGGCCCGACGCCGCUCCCGGCGGAGGCGCCGCCGACGGCAACCAGCAGACGCAGCCGCGGCAACGCGCCAAGACGGGGGUCUCCUCCAAGCUCACCUGCAUCAAGAUCAAGACCAAGUCCCCCAAGGGCGACUGCUACACCCCCGCCAACCAGUUGACGGUGGAGAUCGUGCCGGCCUCCGAGCGGCAGAACCACGUGGCGCGCAAAAUCGUGAAGAUGACCAAGCAGCCGCCCACCAAGAAGAAGAAGGCGCCUCCGUCGCGGGAGAAGAAGGUGACGCGCACCAUCAUGGCCAUCCUGGUGGCGUUCGUGGCCACCUGGACGCCCUACAACGUCAUGGUGCUCAUCAACACCUUCUGCUCCAGCUGCAUCCCCAACACGGUGUGGACCAUCGGCUACUGGCUGUGCUACAUCAACAGCACCAUCAACCCGGCCUGCUACGCCCUCUGCAACGUGACGUUCAAGAAGACCUUCAAACACCUGCUGCUCUGCCAGUACCGCAACAUCAGGGCCGGCCGGUGAACCGAGUGAAGGGAGAGGGUGUGUUUAGGAAGCUUUGUUUUUAGUGUGUGGUGGUGUAUGCAGUGUGUGGUGGUGUAUGCAGUGUGUGGUGGUGUAUGCAGCGUGUGUGUGUAUGCAGCG